AUGGCAGCCCUGGAAGCACCACGCGCCAGCAAGCGACGACGUGGAGCAGCUGGUUCAGGUCUCGGCUCUCCAGACAUCGAGUCAUCAUUAGCAGAACCUUCAAGUACGAAUCAGAGCUCGCGCAGAACCUCGGCUUCGACAUCUGCAUCCCCUGCGCUCUCGCCUGCCUCGUCUCGUGGAAACACGUACGGCACCCGUAGUCGACGGGGUGCUCAACAUCUGGGAGCACAUUUCGGUACCAAUGCACUGCCGAACAGGCCAGACCUGGUUGCUGAAACAGGUCCAUCUACCUCGGGGCUGGCUGCUUCGUCUCCAUUGAAGCUGCGCGCGGGAUCUCCGGCCGGAACGCAAAUCUCCGCUGCCAGCACCCGAGAAAAGAGCGCAAGAGUAAAGGAGCGACAAAGAAUUGCGUCCGCUGGAGGCACUUCUCUCUCUAAUGGUCCAAAUGAAGAUGUUGCUGGUGGCUCUGGCCCGAAUUUGAGUGCGGAGGAUGAGGCUCGACAAGCACAAGAGCAAAAAGACGCAGAGGAGAUGUGGCAGCGAUGGAGCGAGGAGUACUUCGAAAGUAAGUCUUGAAAGAAGCCCAAAGCCUUCCCGCGGGCCAGAUCCAUCUCACUGCGAGGGCAGCUGCUUACAAGAUCGAGCUCUCUUCGCGACGUUAUGCUGGUCAGUCGUCGAACAGCUGCCACUGGAGCUCCAUCGAUCCUUUGCGUUGAUGCGGGAGCUGGAAAGCAAGCUGCAGAGUAAGGGGGUAGCUGCGAGGCUCAGCAAGGGAUGACAAAGCGCUGAAGCCCUGAUUCUUCUCUGUGUUAGGUCGCAUCAAGAGCACCGCGACCAACGCGCAAUCUUACCGAGACGCACGCCUCGCAUUGCGGACCCAGCGCCAGCGGCUUACGGACUCUGGUGGUCUCGACAAUGGCAAAAGGAAAGCCUUGGACCCAGAUACGACCGGCCCGGAUCGACUGACGUCAGACGAGCCUCAGCUAGCCACGAGCAGCGAUGGCAGUGUGCUCGUCGCUGCGCCAUCUUCAAGCCCGGCUGAGGCUCGCGGCGAUGUUGAGUCUGACGACGGCGAUGUGACCAUCACUGGGGCCAAAUCCGCAACUGCUGAGAGGAAAACGAUCACGUCGCCGAUUGCCAACAUUCCCGUCAGCCGUGUGCCUUCCAAGGCUGCUCGAAUGGCCUUGUUGCGAGCAAUCUCUCAUUCCGUAUCAGAAGGCAUACGCGCUGCAGAAGAAAAGGUGGGCCUCGCUGUCACUGCGUACGAUUGGGUCGACAGGCACAUCCGUCGCCUCGACGCUGAUCUCCAAAAGAGCGAGAAUAGCCUGUUGCUGGGCCUCAGAGCAGGUACGGAAGCAAGUCGAGGUCUGCGCGAAGCGCUCGGAAUGGACGAAUUUGAGGAGCAAGAAGCUAAGCGACGCGACGCUCUCGCAGAGGACGACAAUAGCACGGCUGCUGGGACGCCAGUCGCUGCAUUCUUCGACUUUAGCAGCGCUCGCGGUAGGCCUGCUCGCGGGGGCGUAACCAGCGGCAGAGGUUCAUUCGCCCGUGGAGGCAGGAGGGGAAGGACAGACUCACUAUCGCCGGCAGCUGCGAUGUCACUGAAUUCUUCUCUGGCUCCUGCCAAGACACGAGGGGUAGGCAGAGGUGGCAGAGGUGCAGGUAGAGGUUGGAGGGGUGGCAUGCGAGGCACUUGGUCGACCUUUGCAAGCCAAAGAUCGGGUCAGCAAAGCCCUACCGAGACCCUACAGUCGCUAGGCAGCCCAAGCUCGUCUGACUUGAAAGGCCUGUCGAGCGCAUUGACAGCACGAGCAGGCAACAGCAAUCUCAUCCCCGACAUGGCGAUUGACCCCAACGAGCCCAGAUAUUGCUACUGCGAUCAGGUCAGCUACGGCGAUGUGAGUAGCGCAAGUCUUUCGAGCCAAGCCGCGGCAGCAAUCUCAAGCUUCUCUGAUGUGCACAGAUGGUCGCUUGCGACAACGACGACUGUCCUCGCGAAUGGGUGAGAUAAGGCAUCGAGCAGACUUCAGAACGCGAAACCUGCGCUGAGUCCUUCUGUUCCACUCAGUUCCACUACAGCUGCGUUGGUCUCGAUUCUGCACCCAGAUCGAAAUGGUACUGCUUGUUCUGCGCUCCAGCCAACUGGCCUGGACGCAAAAACGCCAAGGUGCCCCCAAACGCUCCGUGUCCUCCUCCGGGCCAUACAAGUCGGUAG